UAACCUUUGGGCCUGCUUCUCUCAUAAAAAAAGUAUAAAUACGUACACAUUGCAGUUAAAAUGAAUAUUCAGUCUAACCGACCAUGAAAUAGGACCAAAGCAAGCUCUUUUUUCAAUAAAGAAGCCGUAUGUAAUCAGAUAGUUGUGUUAUGUUUUCUGGGUCGCGGUGCUGUAUUUUACCUGCGCAUUAAAAGUACAAUAACGACAGGAAUUUUCCCACUAGCAUAUGUGGCUUAUACCUGAGUCAUUAUUCGCUACAACACAUUGUUGGUAGUAUCGAUCGAUUGAAAGCUGGGAUUUACGGCGAUACUUUGAUGUCACAUGUAAAACAUUACAAUAUAAGAGUUAUGAGGAUGGAUAGCAACAAGUGUGAACGAAGGAUGUACAUGUUGUGGCUAUGUCUGAUUGCAGCGACACGGACCAUUAAUGCGGAAGUUAUAGUUGAGUCAGGUUCGGAAGUCAUUUUGGUAUGUCCCCUCGUUGGCAACUACACAUUUCCUGCCUGGACCGGACCUGCUGGCCUUUCCAACCCCCUGACUGCCGGUCAGACGGUCAACCAGACCGGCUUCUCUUUUGUGAACGACACUGCCCUGAGAAUAUCUGCGGCCGAGACGCGCUUCAGCGGCGAUUAUCGUUGCAAGCCCGACAUCGGCGGCGAAGGCAUUGUUACCUUGAAAGUCACAUCCUACAAUGUCACCAUGACGUUUGAAAAUGUGCACAGCAACGGACAUUACCAGGGCACAUACGGAGAAAAUCUUACCGCCACGUGCGUCAUUUCCGGUGGUUACCCAGAACCGGAAGUGUAUUUCUUGGUUCCCAGUUCGUCUGCGUCUGGAGAGAGCGUGCUACGUGAUUAUUCAAACAAGACUACGACGGUGAAAACUUCGAUAAGGACCCAAGACAAUACGUUCAUAGUGAAUGCGUCAAUCACGUACACGAUAUCUGAUUAUCGUAACUAUGGAAACCUGACUUGUGUUGCAAACUUUUCCGAUGUCAAUAUUUUCAAGAGGAAAAUAGUUUUGGUCGAUAUAUUAGUGCCGCCUCAGAAUGCCACUGUGACGACAAUACAGGGAGCGGUGUACCCGAGCACGCCUGCAAUCUUCCGGUGCGCCGUGAUGUCCGUCCCCGCCACAAAUAUUAGUUGGCAGUUAGAGGGCGCAGAUUUCAACACAUCCGGGUAUAACUACUCAGUCAAACCCACGUGUACUGUCGACAGAGAGAUAACGUGCGAGUCCAACCUCAUCAUUCACGACGUCAAACGUGAGGACCUCAAGACGGUAACGUGCGUAUUGACGUACCAGCAGAUGACGGUGAACAGGUCUGAGCAACUGAGCACCAAAUUUUCCCCAACCAAUGUAACGGUCAGCAAGAUGCCCCUUUAUGUUGACAUAAGGGUCACACCUCAGAAGGUCACUCUAAACUGCUCAGUAGAUGAAAGUCGUCCGACCGCCAAAAUAGUCUGGAAACGUAUUUCCGCAUCAAGAACAACAAUGCUCACUAGCUCAUACAUCACACAAGAGAGUGACGGUAGAUACAACGCCUCGGUGACGUUAUCGAAAAUUGACGUCGAUAUUGACCGCACCAUGGACGGCAACAUGAUUGUUUGUUGCGCGCAGGUGGUUGGACUGACCGACGUCUGCGAUUCCACAAACAUUACAGUGCAUUAUUCUCCGCAGAUUGUUCUUCCGCUUACCGACGUAGUAUACGCCUACCGAGGUGACAACGUGUCUCUCACGUGCAUCGUGGACGCCAACCCCGAACCCUUGAUCAAGUGGGAAAACAGCACAGAACCACGUCCCCAGGUGGAAAAAGAAACCAGUACUUCAGGAUACAAACUUGUGCUUCACCUAACCGCGCCGUCGGAUGGGGACAAAUACACUUGCCUUGCCGAGGCGGCGAGCAGACAGGUCACCAUACGACUUAUAGAAAAGCCUCUCACUCCGAAGCCGAUUAUAGAACAGUACUCGUACUCGAAUGUGACUAUUUACAUCUCGGCUAGUGCCCCACAACCUAGGAUGCCAAGGACCUUCUACGUCAUGUAUGCCCUUAGCAACGGAGACUGGAUGCAGUUUGAUAAACCCAUACCGGAUACCCGGCAAGGAUGGUUGGAUUGGGUGGACUAUAAAAUUCCGUACACUCUGCCGUUGGGCUCCUUGGCAAACAACACCGAGUACCGGUUCACCGUCAAGUCAGUGGACAGCUAUGGGCUGGUCAGUAUGUCCGAAACGGUCUACUUCACAACGGAAGAAGUCAGAGGACCAAAUGACUUCGAUUCGUACGUAAGCAAGGACACCUACAACAAAGCUAUAAUCAUCUCUGUUUUUGUGACAGCUGGUGUGUUUCUCAUUAUCAUCAUCGCCAUCGUGUGUGCAAUGAGGAGCGGGAAAUGCGGAGGCAGCAGUUCAAAAUCGUACGUAAUGUAAUGGGACAAAUACUAAUUGGCAUAGGCUGAAGUUCAGGAAGACUUAACAAUGCUGUGUUAUGCUAUGUUUUUACCCUUACAUGCUAUAUAUGUGCUGAACGUUUUUGGAAUAUAAUUGUCAUUUACCGGUGCAUCAUUUAUUUGUUUGAACUUGGUAUAACUUCUUCAAAUGAUAUAAAGUGAUUUUAGUAUAUGAAUAUUUGUCGUCAAGAUUUGAGGUUAAUCAAAACCAAAAUAUAACAUGUAAGUGUCCUUAGCAACGCGAAAAACGGUAAUGUUAUUUGGACAAACAACUUGCUAGUAUUUAAAAAUAAUGUUUGCAGUGCAUGUAGAGUUGUAGACGCUUUGACGUCUCGAAAAUGACGCGUGCAUUUAAUGGCACGUUGAAAUGAUAUAACGAGACAUGUACACUUAUAAUACUCAAAAUUAUCAUUUAUACUUUAGGUACAUGUUUCAACAUACAUACAUGUAUAUAAUUUAAACUGAUUAUCGUGGUUCAUGACACUAUAUAUAUUGUUACAGAGAGUCGUGUUAAUUGUUUAUACAUUUAUUGUGAAACAUUUGUUCUUAUUUUUAUUUGUGCAAAAUAAACAUGCAUAAAUUAUAUAUGUAGGCGUUACGAAUGAUGUACGGGCGUGAAAUCAUUUUAUUUAUUGAUAAUUUAAAUAGAAAAAUACUUCGAAAAUUUAACUUGGCUCAAGCUAAUACGUUCUGCCCGCGAAUCAUAAUUUUGGACAUAUUAAUAAUCAUUUUAGACAGAGCAUUUAAUCUAAAACAUAUUCUGUAUAAGCUGCGUAUGCAUCAUAUAAUUUGUAUUCUAUGAUUUAAAAGUAUUUAUUGUAUGCCUUCCGGUAGUUUAUAGAGAAAUAUCAUUGAAAUAAAACUGAUAAUUCACUGUUUGAAACAUUGAAAAAAUAAAAGUGAAAAAUACCGAUAAUUUUCACUGUUUUACUGUGAAAUGACGUCAUUUUUUUACGAAAUGUCGUCAUUAUUCCAGCGAAAUUCUCCAGUUAAACUCUUUUUGCAAUGUAAAUAAACAGUGAAAAAAAGCAUAAAAUAAAAAGAAAAUUGUUGGAUUCGGUGGAAUACCGAUUUUCAUUCACUCGUGAUCAUAAAAAUUUAUAUAUUCACUCGUGGCUGCGCCCACUCGUAAAAAUUUAAUAAAUAUGAUCACUAGUGAAAUAAAAUCGAUAUUCCACCGAAUCCAACAAAUAUCCUCUAUGAAUUAUAUGUAUUUUCUUUUUUAUUUUAAUGCCUGAGACGAAUUAAAUUUUACUACAGAUUAUUAUUCACUUAAGCCAGAUCAUGUGUCGCGUACAAACCCAUGCUCUUCAAUUAUUUGUCAAUAUCAAAAUUUAUCGUCAACGAUCAUAACUUAUCAUUUCCCUUCUGUAACAGUUGUACGCCUGUGAACAUGAGGAUACUCGGAUUAUAAAACAUGACCAAAAGAUGUGUCGCCUUUAACUCUAAUCUUACCUCAGUAACGUAUAACUAAUGCUACCUCACGAAAAGUUUAUAGUCAGAACUCAUUUAUAUAUUCUCUAACGGCGUAACAUACAAUGUUUAUGCUGUUAGGUGAAAGGUCGAGGUCAAAAUACAAAGGAAAAUGUAAUAUUUGUUAUGUUCCGUUUCCUACUUUUGUGUUUUUGUAUAUCCUUGUUCAGUUACGAAUGUAUAUUCCCCUCCUGACAACCAUAUUCAUCGGGGCAUAUGUGUACUCGUUUUAAACGCCUUUUUUAUUAUAUACUGUGUAUUGUAUAUUUUAUUGAACAUUUUAGUGUAGCAUUGACCACUUGUAUUGAGGGUCAAUAAAGGACAAAACAUUUGGUACAUUUCUAUUACUCUUUGUGCCAUAUACUCUGUACAGCAUAUUGACGUAGAGUGUAAAUAAAAACAUUUAUUAAUA